UUGUGUCAGAGCAUAAAAUCACUUCAAAUAACAUCAUAAGCGGUAUCACAACAAUAUAAAAUCUAAUUCGAAAAAUUCUAUUAAUGUGAAUUUUAUAAAUCCAAGAUGUUGAAUUCAUUUAUCCGGGGAAUUUUUAACAUUGAGGAACCGCCUAAUAAAGUUCUAGAAGUUAGAUCAGACAAUUAUAUAUCUCGACCGAUACAACAAAGAGCUGACUCAAUGUUACUUUAUGGACCAACUGCAUCUUCUGAUCGCAAUAAUCCACGGGAUAAAUAUUAUGAAAUAAUUCUACACAAACCAUUUACAGUGAGCAUGCACCAUAUGUACAGUUUAUUGCGUACUGAGGAUCUUCGGACUUGUGAAGAACUAUUUACUGUAUAUAAUGAAAAGAUUCCGCAUUAUAUUAAAGUAACAAAAGAUUGUUCAGUAGCGAGUUUGCAGAGAAUCUGUGAUACCUUAACUGAGAAUAAGUCAUGGUCAUUAGCUCAUAUGGUGGCUCAUUUUGGCCAGUAUGAACUAUUUAAUGAUCCUGAUAUACAGAGGCAAAUAAAUGAAGUGGACUCAGUCACGGGAAUAACACCUCUAAUGCUAUCAAUAAAGAAUGUCAAUGUGCGUAUGGUACAGAGCUUAGUUUCAUUAAACUGUUCUCUGGACACAUUAGACCAUCAAGGGAAUACUGUGCUACAUUUUGCAGCUGCCAGCAACAAAGACAUUGUUAAUAUCCUAGUAGGCAAAACAUCGAAUUUGCUGAACAAAUAUAACAAACAAGGCUACACCCCUCUGCACAUGGCAUGUAUUGCAAAUGCACCGGAAUGUGUGCGUGCACUAAUAGUUGCUGGGGCUGAUGUUAAUUUACCCGCUACUCCAGGGACUACUUACACCACUCAUGCAAUGCCAGGUAUAGUUGGUGAUGUUCUCCAAGAAAGUCAAUCGAAAUUAUUUCAACAAGACAUGAAACGCGGCGGCACACCAUUGCAUUGGGCUAUAUCUAGAGAAGUCUUAGAAGCGUUAGCAGAUAAAAACUGCGAUAUUCACGCUAAGAAUUUCGAUGGAAGAACUGCAUUACAUAUGAUGGUAUUGCGAGGCAGAUUGGAAUGUGCCAUAGCUUUAUUGUCGAGAGGAGCGGAACAUUCAAUCGGAGAUAAUGAGGGGAACACGCCUCUUCAUUUAGCGGUCAAACAAAAGAAUAUCACCUUAGUACAAGCUCUGAUCGUUUUCGGCGCUGAUUUAGAAGCGAAAAAUAAAGCAGGCUAUACCGCGAGGCAUGUUGUCCCGACAGAAAUGACAAAUAGCAAUUUUGACAAGAUCUUAUAUGUUCUGCAUGCCGUUGGGGCUCAAAGGUGCCCGUCGGACGCGAGCGGCUGCGGCGCGGGCUGCGCGGCGCGCGGCGAGUACAACGGCGUGCCGCCGCCCGCCGUGGCCGGCGCCGCGCCGCGCGCGCACGUGCAGGACAUGCUCGCCGCCGCCGCCAUGGAGCGCGCCGCCGAGCACGCCGCGCAGCGCCCCGCGCACGACAAGUGCGGCCGCUUACUCUGCUUGGACGGAGGCGGUAUAAAGGGCCUGGUAUUGGUGCAGAUUUUAUUAAAUCUCGAGGCAGUUGUCGGGAAACCGAUCAUCGAAUGCUUCGAUUGGGUGGCCGGGACCAGUACCGGAGGUAUCCUGGCAUUAGCCUUGGCCUGUGGAAAAAGUCUUAGAGAUUGCCAGAAGUUAUAUUUUGGGAUGAAAGAGCAUGCUUUUGUGGGAAGUAGACCUUAUCCUACCGAACCCCUGGAGACCAUUCUUAAGGAUUGCUUGGGAACUGAAAGAGUAAUGGCAGAUAUCGACCAUCCAAAGCUGAUGAUUCUGGCCGUACUAGCAGAUAGGAAACCCUUAGAUUUACAUAUGUUUAGAAAUUAUCAAUCUGCACAAGAGAUUCUUACCGAAUACAAUGGCACCUAUAGCCCAAUGAUGGAGGGCGGCGACCAGUCGUGGGUGCUGUCACCGCCCCUGCCGCCCGCCGAGCAGCUCGUGUGGCAGGCCGCCCGCGCCACCGGCGCCGCGCCCUCAUACUUCCGCUCCUCCGGCAGAUAUCUAGAUGGUGGACUUAUCGGUAAUAAUCCAACUUUGGACGCAUUAACUGAGCUGACUGAACUGAGUUACGCAUUGGAAGCAACGGGUCAACAUGAUAAAGCUAAGGUGGCGCGUCCUAAAGUCAUCGUUUCUUGUGGAACAGGAUUGGUGCCACUGACAGAGUUAAAGGAUAUAGAUAUUUUCAAGCCUGAGGGUCUCUUCGAAACGGCGGCGUUAGCUUUUAAACUGCCGAAAAUGGGAAGCCUCUUGGUCGAUCAGGCGACGCAGUCGGACGGGCGCGUGGUGGAGCGCGCGCGCGCGUGGGCGGCGGCGCUGGGCGCGCCCUACUACCGCUUCACGCCGCAGCUGUCGGACGACGUGGCGCUCAACGAGCGCGCCGACGAGCGCCUCGUGCCCGCGCUGUGGGAGGCGCACGCCUACAUGCGCGCGCACCGCGACCGCCUCGCCGAGCUGGCCGCCGUGCUGCGCGACGCGUGAAUUGUUAUAUAGAAAAUAUUCUACACGCACACCGCUUGGCUGUCAAGCGUCACGUACCUUGCUAGGUGUAAUCAAGCUGAAAGCUUAUUUAUAUUCCAAUAUUACUUAUGGGUAUGUCUUUUAGUUUAUAGAGAUAUAAAUCUGCAUUAAGUCAGUUGUUACUUGUUACAGGUUAGUUAUAACGGAAAAAAUCUCCAUAGUUGAUAAUUAGCACUUGUGUGUGAUAUUGAAAUAGAAAAUGUAUUAAUUAUUACAUUUUUAGUAUAAGACGUAAUAUAUGUAAUCUAUAUGACAUGAAAUAGUAAUUUUAAUAUUUAUUUUCAAAUGUUUUUUGGUGUUGAGAGUUGUGUGUAUUGAUUGUGUACAUUUAUUCUAGAAUUAGAAUGUGACUAGUCAACCUUUAAAACUUUAUGUGACUUGGUAUAUCGUAAUAAUGAAUUCUGAGCUUUCAAUAUUAUGUACUAAAUGUAAUAUGUAAACCUUGUAGCUUAAAUAUAAGGUCGAUAUUGGCGCAGCUGUUUUUUCAUCCUGUAUUGUAACUGUGAUAUUUCAAAAUUCUGUAAAAUGAAGAGAAUAAAUAAUUGUUACCGAGGUAAAA